CUCUCUCUCUCUCUCACACACGCACACACACUCACACUCAUCACAGGGAGUGGGAGGCGGGGGAACCCAGGCCGGACGCGGCAGCGGCCCAGGCGGGGCCGGCAGCUUCUGCUGGGAUCUGUCCAGUCUUUCUCUUCCCAGGCUUCCUCCCCAAGGGCACUUUGAUCCCUUUGGAACCAAGCCUGGCCACUCACAGACAUGGAUGACAAGAAGAAGAAGAGAAGCCCUAAGCCCUGUCUGUCACAGCCCGCGCCCUCCGCCGGGGCUCUGCGCAGGGUCCCAGUCCCUACCAGCCGAAGUGCCUCCUUCUCCUUGGGCCUCCCCCACCUACCGUCCCCAAAGCAGCGGACUAAAUUUAAGCGGGUGACCAAGGAGAAGGGCCGCCCUGUGCUCGCAGGGGGAGGGGGUGCCCCAGCAGGCACCCCCUUGCAGCACUCCUUCCUGACAGAGGUGACUGGAGUCUAUGAGAUGGAGGGCGGCCUGCUCAACCUACUCAAUGACUUCCAUUCUGGCCGGCUCCAGGCCUUUGGGAAGGAGUGUUCCUUUGAGCAGCUGGAGCACGUCCGGGAGAUGCAGGAGAAGCUAGCCCGGCUGCACUUCAGCCUGGACGUGUGUGGAGAGGAGGAGGAGGAGGAGGACGAGGGGGAAGCGGAAACGCUGCCUCAAGAGCAGAAGAAAACCGUGGCUGACCGGAACUUAGACCAACUGCUCAGCAACCUGGAGGACCUCAGCAACUCUAUACAGAAGCUGCACCUGGCGGAGAACGCAGAGCCCGAGGAGGCACCCACAGCCUAAGGGAAGGCUUCGGGGGCCUAUCAGACUUGCUCUCUGCCUCGGUUUCCCCAGGAUAGCA